AUAAACUUCAUCAAUUGCUGCACCAGCUGAUGUUCGUGCCCCUCCACGUGCAGCACCGGCAGCUCCGAUCCGAUCCAAUCCAAUCCACUAACCGGGACGAUGACUGGGAACCACUGGGGAUACGGGAAGGAGGACGGUCCUUCUCUAUGGCAUAGAAACUACCCCGUUGCUCAGGGAAGCCGGCAAUCCCCAAUUGACAUCAUCCCUCAUCAGGCUGCACAUGAUCACAGUCUGGAUGCGAUUAUCCUGAACUAUGACCAUUGUACCUCCAUUAACAUCUCUAACAAUGGACACUCAGUGGUUGUGGAGUUUGAUGACUCAGAUGACCGUUCAGUGAUCCGGGGAGGCCCUCUUGACAACGCUUACAGACUGAAACAGUUUCACUUCCACUGGGGUGGAAAAGGAUGCCAUGGCUCUGAGCACACUGUUGCAGGAAUGAGCUAUGCAUCUGAGCUUCAUUUAGUUCACUGGAACGCCGUCAAAUACAAAAAUUUUGGUGAGGCAGCAACAGCUCCAGACGGCCUCGUUGUCCUUGGCAUCUUCUUAGAAACAGGUGAUGACCACAGAUGGCUCCAUGUGAUAACGGAUGCUCUGUAUAUGGUGAAAUACAAGGGCAGCCUCACAGAUUUCAAAGGUUUCAACCCCAAGUGCCUCCUCCCCAGCAGCCUCCACUACUGGACCUACCUGGGAUCUCUGACCACACCCCCCCUGCAUGAGAGCGUCACCUGGAUCAUCCUGAAGGAGCCGAUUUCAGUGUCCGAAAAACAGCUGGGGAAGUUCCGAAUGCUUCUGUUCACUGGAGAGGAGGAGGAUCAGCGGAUACGCAUGGAAAACAACUUCCGGCCUCCGCAGCCUCUCAAAGGCAGGAAAGUGCGUUCCUCCAAUUAAUGUGACCUCAAGAGAUCUGAAGUCGUGAAUGCAUUAAAUUUGAGUGUACUUUUCACCUCAUGGUAGCUUGUCCUGAGGAUGUCUGAUUUGCUUGGUGCAGAAGUUGAAGGAAUUCUCAUCACUGCCACCAUGUUAAGAUGCAUAAUUCCCUCUACUGGUCAGAAACAUGAAAGGCAGCAGGAAGAAUCAGUCAAUGAAUGAUUUAGGAAAACAAUAAAAGGGAUUUUAUGAUACAAUAUAAUGAUACUCACAUUAACGAAUGAGCAGCUAUAUAAUAAAAGUGCUGUAUGUUUUGGGGCCAUUAUUUAUUAUUAGUAAGUUAUAAGUUGAAGAUUCAAAUGCUGGAUAUGCACUUAUACCUCUGGAGAUUUUCAACGUCACAUGUGUUGCUAAGGCAACAAGGUGAUACAUCUAUUAACAGGCCCCUUUCAGUUUGUUAUCAGAUGUUGCUGUUUGCACACUAGGACAGUACCACUGUGCUGUCUGCAGAUCCAAAGCCUCAGCCUCCUCACUGAUCCCGAUUGAUCCUCUGCUGAUCCAGCCUAUUGCUGGUGGAUUCCUAGUCCUUGUGGCCAGAUCCCGUCCGGUCAGAUUAGCAUUCAUCUAAACUGCUCUUUUGUCCCUGACUGAAGGCAUGAAAGUCUAAGGUCCUUUGCAGCUCAAGAGCUUGAGAUAUCCACCGCCUAACAGUGUAAUCCUUUAAAUUCAUUCAUGGAUUUAUGAUUCAUUCAACUCCAGCAGCACAGAGAAGACCAAAAUGAAUUUAAUUAUUCAGCUGAACUCUGAGUGUUUGUCUUCCUCAUUCUGAGUUUCUGUCUGAAGUGUCACAUGUUGAUCUGGUGUUUCUACUAUGCAGGGUGUGUUGAUGUAAUGCACACUGUUAUUAGCAGCUCACCUCUGAACUGGAACUUGCAAAAAACCCAAAACCAUGCACAGUCCUGUAUGUAAAUACCUGACAGAGGCCUUGAUGCUGCACUUUGGUGAGUUAUGGCAGCUUUGUGCAACGCUGUUGCUUAACUUAGAUGGAUGGGGAUUUUACUAAGCAGGGGUAUGACAAGGAAAAACUAAACGCACACAUUAGGAAUGGCACCUCAGUCAUAAUUGUUGUAUGUUGUUGAUGUGAAAAAACAAUAAAAAUGUAAUUUAUG